AUGGCAGUUUCUGGACGUAGUAUGAAGAAGUCAAAAGUGACGAUGUUACAGUCGCAGUCCUUACUCUUUAGUGUCGGUAGUUCAGUGGAAAAGGAACAGCAACGUAUACAGAAGAAGUUAGAGCAACUUAAGGAACUGGGAAUUGAACUAACGGAUGAGGAGACAAUGGCGUUAUUACAACGUAAUUGUUUUAGUGUAUCAGGGGCGGCGUCCGAGUACUUUGAACGAUUGGCACAGCAAAAUGUAGUUAUUACAGCUCAGUCAAACGAGAAGAAAGAGGAUCGAAUAAAGCAGAUGCUAUUGAAACUAGAGAGUAUUGAAUAUCCAAACUACCACGUAUUGGGCAAGAUGACUAUGCAAGGCACGGUGAACCGUGAGGGUGUUCAGUUUAAAGCGGGUGAGGAACUGCUGUUACAAGCAGAGAACGCUGGAAAGAAAAGGAUGAGGCCAGGAGUAUUGUCUAAUGACACGGUUUCUGGCAUGGUGAGAAUUGCUACCAUGCAGCACUUGCAGAUUGGACGACUUGAAAGGAGAAUGGAGCUGCUGCUUCAUCCGUUAAUGAAGAAAGGGCUUGUAAAGCUUAUAGGAGUGUGUGAAAUGCCGCCAGUGUCGUCACAUAUGUUUGCGUCCUUUGAGUUAACGGUCUUCGUCUAUGUCAGUCUGAAGGCAUUUGAUGUGUUCAAAGAGGGUGACGAGAACUUUUGUCUCUCCGAUCAACUCUAUAACUUGUUGCAGAUGGUCCAUGGAGCUGAAGCGUCUUUGUUGGGUGCGUCAGCUGUACGACCAGCUUCCGAGGCGGCAGAUCUGUCAUCACAGGUGAACCCGGAAGACCUUGAUAGUCUGUUCUCAGAGUGCGUUGGGGCAACCAAUCUCCACAACUCGAUUGAUGACGUGAAUGAAGAUCCGUCGGAGCACCUUUUACCGUAUCUGAAUGCUAUAAAGCUACGAGAUCACCAGAAGCAAGCAUUGAGAUGGAUGUUGUGGCGAGAAAACCAAUCACGGGAUGGUACCGGUGAGCAAGAGAGUAACAAUUCUAUAUGGGAGGAGCGUCAGUUUCGAUCCAAGCGCUCGUACUACGUUAACCCCUUUGAAAAAAGUGCGUCGCUGGCUCGGCCAAAACCUCUAGCGCCCUGUCUUGGUGGAAUCUUGGCUGACGACAUGGGAAUGGGCAAAACGAUGAUGAUGCUAUCCCUGAUUGCCUACCAAAAGCACGUCGGCGAAGAGACCUUGGACAAAGUCACCUAUUCGAAACGGGCAAAAGGGAAGGAAACAGGCAAGACUCUCGUGGUUUGUCCGUUAAGUUUGCUUCACCAGUGGAAGAAUGAAGCAUUGGAACGUUUUCUUCCGAACACCCUAAGCAUUUACGUAUACUACGGCGAAGAUCGUAGCUCAUAUAUUAAGCUUGACACGUCAUCUUUCAGCAAGAGUGAUAUAGUUCUCACCACCUUUGGAGUGUUAUCAGCCGAGUUUGGAAAGAGCGGUCUUGUUACGACGACCGAAUGGAAUCGUGUCAUUCUUGACGAAGCUCACAGUAUUAAGAACAAGGCCACAGGCUACUUCAAGACGUGUUCUGCUUUGAAAGCUACGCAUCGAUGGUGUCUGACAGGUACUCCUAUCCAGAAUGCUCUAGAUGACGUAUUUUCGCUGCUUUGCUUCCUCGAGUACCAUCCCUGGUGUCGAGUGGCUUGGUGGAAAAGAGUGAUUACAAAACCGUACGAAGACGGCGACGAUGUAAGCACGCUUGGGCGCUUAAAAGCGAUACUAACGCCAAUUCUGCUUCGUCGCACCAAGCAUUCGCGAGAUAAGCAGGGCAAUAUGAUUUUACAACUUCCACCAAAGCAUAUUGACUUGGUCAAACUAGAGUUUUCCCCUGAUGAGCGGGCCUUCUAUCAGGCAGUAUACGAUAAAAGCCGAGCAGAAUUUAACGGGUUUGUUGCGAGCGGCGCAGCUAAGGCGAAUUACAUUGCCAUUCUCGCGCUGUUACUUCGUCUCCGUCAAGCCUGCGACCACCCUUUGCUUGCGCUUGGAAAAAAUUUCGAGCAGGCGUUGAAAUCUGACGACAAAAACGCAGCAGCCCAUGCCGGAUUUGCUUUCCAACUUCAACAGAAUGAGAGCUCCGAAGCAUACUACCAGCGCAUUGCCGCACAACUACAGAGAGAUAUGCAGGUCAGCAGCAAUUGCAAGCAGCAACUUGAAAACGGAAUUGAUGUCUCGGACGGCAAAGCAGGUAAGUCGACAAUGGGACUAACAGCCUCCUAUAUUCAGAGCGUCAUAGCACAAGUCGAAGACGACUUGGAAUCUCAAGAGUGUCCAAUCUGCUUGGACCCGCCUAGCGAUGCAGUGAUGACACCGUGCGCGCAUGUAUUGUGCGCCCAGUGUCUUCGAGAGAGUCUCUCCAACGACCCCGAGAAUGGCUGUCCCGUGUGCCGAUCUGUGGUCGACGUAGCUAGAGUUUUCAAGCUUCCGUCUCCUCCUGCUCUAAUGACACAGCACAACAAUUGCAAAGCAGACGCCAGGGUGGACGAAAUACCCAAACCUGCUUCGACAUCUAUGGUUGGCCAUGAGAACGACAGCACGGGCUUUGAGUCUGCCAAGCUUCAGCAGCUGCUCCGUGAUCUGAAUGCUAUCAGACUGGAAAACAAUCAUACGGAGUCAUUUAAACAAAAGCGCAAGGUGGUGGUCUUUUCACAAUGGACGUCAAUGCUGGACAUGGUUUCUCAAUUACUCUCGCGUCAUGGUUUCUCAUACUGCACGUUUCAUGGUAGACUAAAUCAAGACGCACGUGAGCGCGUGUUGACUAAGUUUGCCAAGGAUCCGUAUAUGGAAGUUCUCGUCAUAAGUUUAAAAGCCGGUGGUGUAGGUCUUAAUCUCACCUGUGCAUCCGUCGUGAUUCUUCUUGAUCCAUGGUGGAAUCCGGGAGUGGAAGAACAGGCUAUUGACCGAGUUCAUCGUUUAGGCCAAACUCAGGAUGUCAUGGUAAAGCGAUAUGUUAUCCGUGAUACAGUCGAAGAGAUAAUUUUGAAGCUUCAACAACGCAAGGAAAAUUUGGCUAAAAAUGUGCUUGCUAUUGCAAAAGCUCAUGAUGAGCAUUCGACUGGAUGUCUUCAACUUGACGAUUUAUAUCGCUUUUUCCGCUAA